CUGGCGAUGCUGAGAAGUUGCUUUCAUCCUUGAAGAUUCACGGCCAUAAUUAUGCGAAAGCAUGGACGAUUUUGCAGGAUCGUUAUGAUCACCCUUGCGUCCUUGUCAAUAUCCAGUUGAGUGCACUGUUCAAUUUGCCAUCACAGUCACAAGAGCGCGUUGAGUCGAUUAAAAAUUUAUUAUACACUUCAACUCAAGUGAUUCACAGUCUGGCAAAUCUGAAAAUAGAAGUAGAACAUUUAGAUCCGGUGCUAAUCUUUCUUUUAGUGCGAAAGUUACCUGGCAAGACAAAGCAAAUGUGGGAGGAGAAGCUGAACGAAAGAGAGAAACCAAAGCAGUUGCCGACUUUCAAGGAAUUUACAUCCUUCUUGGAGACAAGGUUCAGAACACUAGAAGCGGUAGAUCAGCAGCACUGUCAGGGUACAUCCAACACGUCACGCAACUCUUCGCAUAAGCAUUCGUUUGUAGCUCAUGCUCACGCUGACAAAUCGAAGCUGUCCUGCAAAGUAUGUCUGAAAAAUAAACAUGCGGUUAGAAAAUGUCACAAAUUUUUGAAAAUAAGUAUUACUGAGCGUUUUCAGCUUAUUAACAAAUUAAGGUUAUGUAGAAACUGUUUAGGGUAUAAUCAUGCAACAGAUAAUUGUCGAAGUAGCCGUAGGUGUUACCAUUGCCAACAACCACACCAUACGCUAUUACACGAUAGUAAUACACCUUUUCAGCCACUUCAACAACAAUCGUCAAAUAGCAGUCAGCAGCAACAGGGUACCAGCCAAAAUUUGCAAAAUACCACUUUAAAUGCACAAGCUCCUUCAUUCCAAGUCGCCAAUAGACAACCGUCUACAUCUACCAAUGUAACCUCUCACCACUCUCAGUACGACAGUCCCACGAAAAAUUCACAAGUUUUACUGGCAACUGCCCUUGUGAAAGUAAAGUCUUCAUUGGGAGAGUGGUUGACGCUGCGUGCAUUGCUAGAUACUGGAUCUGAAGCGUCGUUUAUUACGGAGUGUGCAGCCCAAUUGCUACAACUCAAAUCUCGAACAACUCACACUGGGGUUUCCGGGUUGGGUUUGGUCAGCAGUGGCACAUGUUUAAGAGUGGUAGAUAUCACCUUUGCUUCUCAGCAUUCCACUUUUGCAACAACAGCGCAUGCCUACAUCUUAAAGUCACUGUCUGGGCAUUUGCCGGCCCGGACCCUUCACGUUGAGAUUUGGACUCAUCUCAACGAUUAUGUUCUAGCCGAUCCUGAAUUCUACAGGUCGUCCAAAAUUGAUAUUUUGCUUGGCAGAACUUUUGUUGCCGGAACUGAUUUCGCCAACAGACAAGUCAAUGCCAGUCAUGCAGAAGAUAACAUUAGGAUGGAUCUUAUUCGGAAAGGCCCCAAUUGUAUGCGAGUCAAAUCAUCAGAAGAGACGCCUUUUAAGCCAUUCCAGAGGUCGGAAGAUAUAGAAUGUGAAAAUCACUUCAUCGCCAACACUGAACGCACAGUUGAAGGGCGCUAUCAAGUAGCAUUGCCGUUCAAAGGAAAUGUUCGUCCGGCUUUCGGUUAUUCUCACCAAGGUGCUUUACGGCGAUUCCAAGGCUUAGAGCGACGUUUUGAUGUAAAUCGACAGCUCCGAGAGCAAUAUUCAGCAUGCAUCGAAGAAUACAUCCAAUUGGGUCAUAUGAGCGAAGUCGACAAGAAAAGUUUGCCAGAAAAUCAACAUUACUUCCUGCCACAUCAUGCUGUCAUUAAAGAGAGCAGUUCAACCACGAAAUUGAGGGUGGUGUUUGAUGCAUCCUUCAAAACAUCUAGUGGAGUCUCUUUAAACGAUGCUAUGUUAGUAGGUCCUGCACUUCAACAGAAUAUCUGCGACAUCAUGCUUCGGUGGAGGUUGUAUAAAUACACCUUCACAGCUGACAUCGAAAAGAUGUAUCGCCAGAUCUUGAUAGCUGAACAGGACAAAAAUUAUCAGCUAAUUCUAUGGAGAAAGAACUCUGAAGACCUUAUCAAAGUUUACAGACUUAACACGGUUACCUUCGGAACAGCUGCCGCUCCAUUUCUUGCGAUCCGAACGUUGCAGAAGUUAGCAGAGGACAAUUCCGAAAAUCAACUAGUAGCCAAUAUGAUCCGUGAAGAGAUGUAUGUCGAUGAUUUGAUAUCUGGUGGAAACACGAUCGAAGAGGCAAAGGAAAAAAUUCAACAAAUUAGAUCAACAUUAGAGACAGCUGGAUUCUACUUACGGAAAUGGACUUCCAACUCUGACGAGUUACUUUCGAGCAUCCCAACAGGAGAACGGGAAUCAACAUUCUCAAUGCCGUCAGAAGAUUCGGAACGAGUUAAGACGCUCGGUGUCCAUUGGCUUCCUUCUGUUAACAAAUUCUCUUUUUGCUAUAAUUCGCUUUCCAAUCCGCAGCCGACGAAACGAUUUAUUCUAUUGGAUUGCUCCAUGUAUUGUAAAGGCGAAGAUGUUCAUGCAGCAAUUAUGGGUGAAGAAAAUAUCAUGGGAUGA